GGGAGAGAAAGGGGCGUGGCUUAGGCGAGCUGCCUCGCGUCUGUGCCGUGGCUUGAUAUUAUUAGUAACAGCCCCGGCAGGAGCGGUAGCGGCAGUGGCCGCCGAGGUGUGGACGGUGCUCUCGUUUCAUCCCGGAGAAAGGAGGAAAACGAAGACGGCCCCGGAGCAGAAAGCGAGCCGAGAUGAAGGAGCCUCCUCUGGCCGCGCUGGAAAUUUCCUCCCGCCAGGCGUGUCCUUUUUAAAUCGGGGGGAUCCAGUGGGAGAGGAGAGACGGGCUUUACCUCCAGAGCGGCAGCGCGGCGAGCUGACUCUUGGGCAGUGGGAUGUUUUCAUCUGUGCAUUCGUGCCAACUUUCUUGGCUUGGAUAUAGCAUCGUAUUAGCACCUGCUUUUACUACAGUCUGUAACUAAUAACUCAAUAAAGGAUGAGGAGAUUUGCCUACUGCAAAGUGGUCCUUGCCACUUCUCUCAUGUGGGUCUUGGUGGAUGUGUUUCUCCUUCUGUACUUCAGUGAGUGUAACAAAUGCGAUGACAAGAAAGAAAGGUCCCUGCUGCCUGCUCUAAGGGCUGUUAUGUCAAGAAGCCAAGAAGGACCAGGAGAGAUGGGAAAAGCAGUUCUCAUUCCCAAAGAUGAUCAGGAAAAAAUGAAAGAACUUUUUAAAAUCAACCAAUUUAAUCUUAUGGCUAGUGACAUGAUUGCAUUCAACCGAAGUUUGCCUGAUGUAAGAUUAGAAGGAUGUAAGACAAAAGUCUACGCUGAUGACCUACCCACCACAAGUGUAGUCAUAGUGUUUCAUAAUGAAGCUUGGAGUACUUUGCUUCGUACUAUUUACAGUGUUAUCAAUCGGUCUCCACACUACCUACUUUCUGAGAUCAUCUUGGUAGAUGAUGCCAGUGAAAGAGAUUUUCUGAAGCUUCCAUUAGAGAAUUAUGUAAGAAACUUGCAAGUGCCAGUAAAAAUUAUUAGAAUGGAACAACGGUCGGGGCUGAUUCGAGCUCGGCUUAGAGGUGCUGCCACUUCUAAAGGCCAGGUCAUCACUUUCCUGGAUGCACACUGUGAAUGCACUACAGGUUGGCUGGAGCCCCUGCUGGCAAGAAUAAAGGAAGACAGGAAAAUUGUUGUAUGCCCAAUUAUUGAUGUAAUCAGUGACGACACAUUUGAAUACAUGGCGGGAUCAGACAUGACUUACGGAGGAUUCAACUGGAAACUCAAUUUUCGUUGGUACCCUGUUCCCCAAAGAGAAAUGGACAGAAGGAAAGGAGACAGAACUUUGCCUGUGAGGACCCCUACUAUGGCUGGUGGCUUAUUUUCUAUUGACAGAAACUACUUUGAAGAGAUAGGAACAUACGAUGCAGGAAUGGAUAUCUGGGGUGGAGAGAAUCUUGAAAUGUCUUUUAGGAUAUGGCAGUGUGGAGGCUCCCUGGAGAUUGUAACGUGUUCACAUGUUGGUCAUGUUUUUCGAAAAGCUACUCCUUAUACAUUUCCUGGUGGUACUGGUCAUGUAAUUAACAAAAAUAAUAGAAGACUUGCAGAGGUGUGGAUGGAUGAAUUUAAAGAUUUCUUCUACAUAAUAUCUCCAGGAGUUGUCAAAGUGGAUUACGGAGAUGUAUCAGUCAGAAAAGCAUUGAGAGAAAAUUUGAAAUGUAAACCAUUUUCAUGGUACCUAGAAAAUGUGUAUCCAGAUUCUCAGAUUCCACGUCGUUAUUACUCCCUUGGAGAGAUCAGAAAUGUUGAGACAAACCAAUGUUUAGACAACAUGGGGCGUAAGGAAAAUGAAAAAGUAGGCAUAUUCAAUUGUCAUGGCAUGGGAGGAAAUCAGGUAUUUUCAUACACCGCCGACAAGGAAAUUCGCACAGAUGAUUUAUGUAUGGAUGUCUCUAGGCUCAAUGGGCCUGUAAUUAUGCUGAAGUGCCAUCACAUGAGAGGAAAUCAACUUUGGGAAUACGAUGCAGAGCGACUGACCUUGAGACAUGUGAACAGUAACCAGUGUCUUGAUGAGCCCUCAGAAGAUGACAAAAUGGUUCCUACCAUGAAGGAUUGCAGCGAAAGCCGAUCCCAGCAGUGGCUGCUACGUAACAUGACCUUGGGUGCCUAAAAGCCAAGACACAGACUUCAUGUCCUUCCUCAGACCUUGGAAGGGUCUAAUCUGCUCACCCUUCACACAAAAGGAUGUUCUUCUUCCCUUGUGGUCGGUGAAGAGAAAGGGUUUGGAUGCUUGAUUCAAGGCCCACAUGCCAGAAAACUACUUUUUUUUAAAAAAAAUUGCUUCAAAGCAUGGUUGCACUUUCUCUCUUUCUCUGUCUCUCUCUCUCUCUCCCUCUCUCUCUCUCUCUCAUUUUUUUUUCUACAAGUCAGCUGAACACAUGGACGCUUUAUCCACCCUGGCAUAUACAGUAUUACGAAGACAUCGCAGUUUUGAGAAAAGCAGACUCCGGAAAAGGGUUACAAAGCGAAAAAUUGCAAGAGGGUGGGGAAGUGGCUUGCUGUGGGUUCUGUCCUGUAAUGUUGCUUGAAAGUGACAAUGUUAAAUGCCUUAUGAAGCUCACUCGCAUUGUGAAAGAUGGUGAAACAUUUGUUUUCCUCAAUUGAUGUACUUGUACCAGUCCUUCAUGGUGACAGAGGAAGAAUCCAUUGUUAAUCUGCUGCCAACCCAUUACCUAUGAAUAGCCCAGCUGAAAAAAUUUCUCAGCAGUAAAUUUCUGUAUAUAUUGGAUGUUUUUCAUGUAUAGUGUCAGGGGAGGCGGGGGAGUGACAUUCUGUUUCUGAAACCUCUGUUAAAAUCCACAGAACUGGAUGAAGGAUAUUGCUGGUACGUGGAGUGUGAUAUCGAAUUCACGGCCAAGGGAAGCAGAAGUAAAUGGGAUUGAUGAUACCCACUGGUGCCCUUUGCAAAAUAUAAGUCAUUACAAACAUUGUAACGCAUUUGGCCAACUUCCAUAAUCUCACAUUAAUAAUAUAAAAGGCAGCAAGAGCUGUUUAUCCAAAUUACAUGAGAUGCUGGUAGAAGAACAGGUUUAUGAGUUAGACACAAGCUGAUUUCAAGUUGAGUUUGGUUGCAAUUCCUUUUUAAAUGUAUUUCUAAAGAUCCUUGGUCCCUAGGCAUAAAUAAAACCUGUGUAAUACCGAUAGGUCUAACCUUAAAAUGUCAACAAUGCAAUGCAACCUCUUAAUAAUUAUUGAGAUAUUAUUACAAGACGUAUAAAUCUUCCAAACAUAGCAAGUUGAACUUUUAGCAUAUGACAGCUUCAAGUUCAGGGCUAAUUAAAAACAUGUCUAAUAAAUGUGUCUGGUUUGUAUAUGGAGGACAUGGGAUAAGAUACAACUAUCUAUAUAAACAAUAGUUUAUUUUUUUUAAAGGGUUUUUUUUGGUCACAUAUCUCUAUGCCAGGAUGCAAGUAGGAACAAAAUUUAUCCAACAUUAGAACCUGUAUAGUUCUAGUGAGCAUUACUGGGUCAGAAAGUACAUAAACUUUACUCAUUUUUAUCUGAAUUUAAUUUAUUGCAGUUUGCUAUAUCAGCCUCAUGGCCGUGCCUAAGUUUCAGUAGAUUGUGCUAUAUUGGGUAGUAUGGACAGAUCAGUUCCACACUGCAUUAGUGAGAGAUUGAACUGACCCCUUUCACGUUUCAUUCUGGCAUUUUGAGAAAAUGAGAUGGUUCUUUCUAUGUGAGACUGUCUUUACAUUGUUAUCACCCUUCUGUUGGUUUUGAAGAUGCUCAUUUGUCUGCCUUUCCUAUGCCAGAAGCCUUCUC